AUGACCGAGGGCGGUGCUCAAAUCUCGCCGUGGGCAUCCGCAUCAUUCACUUGCGCCAUGAGUAAUUCUAAAGCAGAUCAGCAAAAGGCCAUGGCGGCGGUACGCGCCCUUUUCGAAAAGUACGAUUUGCUUGAAGCUCGUAGACCGCAAGGCCAUUCAGACUUUGACCGGCAAGUCAUGGAAAGCCUGAAGCUGGUGGAUGCCAGCCUCGAUGGAAGCGUGACUUUUGAACUCGACAUGACACCAAACUUCUCCAACCUGAAUGAUGUCAUGCACGGCGGGGCCGCGGGCGUCAUAUUCGACAUGGCUACUACAGCCGCCCUCUGUCCGCUUGCCCGUCCUCGGUCCUGGGAAUUCAUGGCCGGAGUAUCGCGAUCGCUCAACAUAUCCUACCUCAAGGCAGUUCCGAUCGGUAUCAAGGUUCGACUGAACAGCAAAGUCAUGAGUGUGGGGAAGCAGAUGGCCAUGGUUCGUGGCGAAAUGACCAGUCUUGAUGGCAAGACGACGUACUGUACCGUAGAGCAUCACAAGGUGAAUGCACAAGUGUUACCCCAUCAUCAAAGCGUGGAAACACAGUGGGAUGAGGAAUUUGCAAGUGAGUGGAAAGCGAAAGAGGUGCAAAGCAAGUUGUAGAAGAUGUGAAUGCAUGGUACAUGUAAGUAACCAUGUGUUGUACACUAGAAUUACAAUACCCUGUGACGGUGGCGCU